UGGUCUGUAAUCCGCUUCCAUAAUGAGAAUGUAGGAUUAUAGAGAGUGAUCAGAGAAUGCAAUAUAUACCUUCUUAACACUUGAGCUGCCUGCAGUCAGUCAGUCAGUUGGACAUCCCUUAACAAGCCUGUGCCGCUCUCCUCAGUUCCAAGUACCAGUCAAACUUUGGACACACCUACUCAUUCCAGGGCUUUUCUUCAUGCUAACUAUUUUCUACAUUGUAGAAUAAUAGUGAAGACAUCAAAACUAUGAAAUAACACAUAUGGAAACAGAAAGUAACCAAGACACCAAACACUUAAGAUGGCUGACAAGAAAGGCAAUGUGUCCUCAAGCCGUAAGCAUACUCUGAAGAGUUGUAUGCUGGCAGUUGCUAAGGAUUUGCUCGAAGCUGAAGCAUUAGAGAAAGUUAAAGAGCGGGAGAGAUACAUGGAUGAGAACUGCCCUCUUCUGGAGAUUCCCCACUCCAAGGAAGAUUUGGUGGACCUUUGCACAAAGAUGUACGACAAAAUUAAUGUGAUUGAUGAGGAGAGAUACAACUUAGAAUACAAAGCAGUCAUGGUUUGCAAUGAGGUUAUAGACCUAAACAUAAAAAUCGUUGACAUGAGGGGCAAGUUCAAGAAGCCAGCCCUGAAGAAAGUGCGUAUGUCUGCUGAUGCUAUGCUCCAGGCUCUGUUGGGCUCCAAGCACAAGGUGACCAUGGAUCUGAGAGCCAACCUAAAACAAGUGAAGAAAGACGAGAAGAAAGAGGAUAAGGAUUUGCGUGACGUUGGUGACUGGCGUAAGAACAUUGACGACAAGGCUGGCAUGGACGGCAGGAAGAAGAUGUUUCAGGGAGAUUCUUAGAUCAUUGGGAUGUGUUUGUGUGAUGUCGCUGACUACUCUCCUGUAAUGUCUAGUUGUCAACCACAUACUGAUAUGCAUAACAACUAAUAUCAUAACUAUGUAAUACAUCUUUGUUUCUUUUGAAGACAGAAAGAAACAGAAGGUAACAGAAACAAGAUGUGUGUAAUUGUUUGACAGUUGGUUUACUGGAGUAGAGGUAAAAGUGGACAACUUUUCUAAUAAAUUGCCUUUAAAGGAAA